CUUGUCACCACAGUUCCACAAUCUUUGUGCUGUCCUUGGCAUAGACUUCUUUACUACUAUCACAGAAGUACAUCCAAGCCUGAAUGACGCCACUGGUGUUCAGUCAAAAAGCAUCUGCAAUGACACCCUACCUGGGCUGCCGAGACUGUUUUAGCACUAAAGGAAGACAAGAAGCAAAGAUUGCAAAAGGACAAGGUGCUCGAACCAGAAGAGCUUCUCUUAAGGCUGUGGGUUCUGUACCGACUGAGGAGAGUGUAUCUGAUGCACCUCAGGAGAUAGAUGAGUAUGAUGACCUUGUCUGUCCAGUUGAUACAUUCAAGCCUUUGGAGAAGUCUGGAUUUUGGGAAGGGGUGAGAGCUUCAAAAUGCUGUGAGAGGAAAUGGCUGUUGCUGAACUAACCGAACUUGUAUCCACCAAAAAAAGAUUGCUCCAGCUGAUUUUUCAGAACUUUGUUGAAAAUUAAAGAAGGUUAUCAGGUGUAAAAACAUUACUGUACGAAGAAAAAAAAAAGGAAAAAAAAAAGAAAAAAAAGGAAAAUGGAUGAAAAA